CAAGACCCGUCCAAGGCUCUCCAAGCGACGUAUCUACGUGGCCUGGGUUUUGUACAGUCGAGGCUGGAGAAGGUACAGAUACACGGACGCAGUUUGAACGAGGAAUUGAUCGAGCGAGGUCUGGGAGAAGUGGAUUGAUGGCUUCGGUGGAGGCGACGGAGGUGGUGAGGAGCGGCAUCAUCGCAGGGUCGGAUGUGCGCGAGGAAGGGUCUGGCAGAGCCCAAUGCUGAUGAUGCCGUCGAGAGGGGUCGGGGUUUAGAGUCUGGGAGAAAAAAUGGCUGCCGUUUGCGGGAGGGGGUUUUGGGCGAGUGGGAGGAGGGUGGAACGCCAAUUUGAUCGUGGAAUGCGAUCGUGGAUGAUGGCGAUGGUGAUGAGCAGGAGGCACUACUCAGCGAGUAGUUUGAUUGAGGGUCCUGAGGCGGUGAAUUGGUACCCUGGACACAUGGCAUCGGCCACUCGCAACAUCCGGGGGCAGAUCAAGAGUGUGGAUUUCAUCUUGGAGAUCCGCGAUGCCAGGAUUCCUUUGUCAUCAGCUAAUCAGGAGCUUCAAGAAGUUCUGAAUAUGAAAAAGCGAUUGAUUGUCCUCAACAAAAUGGAUCUGGCGAAUCCGAAUAUGAUGUUGAAAUGGAAGGAGUACUUUGAAUCCGUCGGUCAAAAUCACAUAUUUGUCAACGCUCAUCAGUCAAAGACCGUCAAGAAGAUGCUCGAAAUGGUCCGAACACAACUCCAGAGUGUCAUUGCGAAAGAGCCGACUGUACUGGUGAUGAUCCUGGGAAUUCCAAACGUUGGCAAAUCCUGCAUAAUCAAUAGCAUGUCCAACAUCACGCGGGCGAAUUUUUCAGUGCAGGAGCAGCCUAAGAGGGCUAAAGUUGGGCCUUUGCCAGGAGUCACUCGACAUGUGGCCGGAUUUAAGAUUGGUGAAAGGCCGAGUACCUAUGUGUUAGAUACUCCAGGUGUCCUGGUUCCAAAUAUCGAGAACAUAGAGACUGGGAUGAAAUUGGCAUUGACAGGUGCUGUUAAAGACACAGUCAUCGGAGAAGAGCGACUUGCACGAUACUUACUCUCCGUUCUUAAUGCUCGGUCAGCACAUCUUCACUGGAAAUCAGGGUUCGCAAAAUCAAAUGCGACAACAAUUGACACAUUAUCGGGAGUUCGAGACUUGCUAGCCUCAGCGUGCCUCAAGUUUGAUGGAAGUCUGGAAAACAAACAGGAUAUGGAAAGCUUAGUGGAUGUGCAGAUGAACCUUCUGCGCAGGUUCUUCCAUGUUCCUGUCGAACUAGGUGAGGCAGGAUUAGAACGGGUUUCGCAGCACCUCCUUGAAUUUUAUAGGAAAGGCAGGCUUGGCCAAUUUACGUUGGACAUUGUACCCGGUAAAGCCACAAACAUAUUAAAUGUGAAGCUGUAGACUGAUGAAUAUGUAGUAUGGCCGUCUAUCGUUUCCCUCUUUUUGAGCUGCCUGCCCUUUCGGUUUCUCACAUCACUUCAACACAACAACUUUCUUCACGUUGCGUCAGCCUGAAAGGGUGACGGCCUUCCAUAUUCACCGACAACGACCGAACGAUUCAUACUCGCUGCACCAAAGCACAGACCUUCGUGAUCCUAUGAGGAAGUUACCUUCUUUUAGACUGACCCUCCACGAUCGUCCAACUCCUGGUGUUAUCAAAGUGGCGGGAUCGUCAGCCAGACGUCUCUCCAUGAAAGGUUUAAGGUAAGGGUUUUUGUAUCAAUCACGGCGUUGCCGUCUACUCAGAACGGCAGCUGUAUCAGAGUUUGAUUUAACUCUUAUCACGGAGAUUGUGUUCAGCCAACUUCGCUGCCACAAGAAAUGCGGAGUCCGGAUUCCUCUUCAAGGGAAACUUACUGUCUUACUCUUUAACUACUUCGCAGCUGACCUGCCGAAAAGCGGCAAACAUACCGAAGUCCAUUUCUGUCAAGUAUGUACCAGAUAGAUGCCAUCGAGGAGACUUUUGCCGAAAAGUUUGUCACAGCUUCAGUGCUUCACCUGCGUCGUCAGGAAUAGUGUUGAUGAUCCAUAUUUGGGAACGUCUCUGAAGUCAUGGCAACUUCAUAGCUGAGCCUGGUGUCCAUUUUGCCCACUCACGAUGUAAUUGACUGUAGACGCCAAAUACAUUC